AUGCGCUCCGCCACGCGCAUCGUGGGUGGUGUUGAUGUCCAGCCAGGAGACGGAGCCUGGGCUGGGAUAGUCAGCAUUCGGAAUGUCUUGACAGAAGAGUGGACUAGGCAUAUCUGUGGAGGGACCCUCAUCAGGCCGAAGUGGGUCCUCACAGCUGCCCACUGCUUCCUGGAUCGCAAAAUGUGGGCUGUGGUGGCUGGGGCCACCAGGAUUGGUGAGAUGGGUCCUCACGUGCAAGUGCGUCGGAUCAAGAAGGUGCACAUUCACGAGCUCUACGAUGCCUAUGUCCUUUAUGACAUCGCUGUGGUGGAAUUGCAGCAGCCCAUGGAGUGCACCCCCUCCAUUCAGCUCGCUUGUCUGCCAGGUCCCACCGUCAGGGUGUCGCGUCAGCACUGCUACAUCGCUGGCUGGGGUGACACUUAUGCAAAAAGGCAAGCUUGGUACACUGGGCAGAGACAGGUGGGGCUUCCUGACAGCAGAGGCCAAAACCAGGGUUGGGCUGUGGAAGGUUUGCCUCUGGAGGGAUGGGAUGAGCCUCCUCCCCAAAGCCAGACACCAGUGACACAGCACUCCAGUGCCUCUCCAGAGGCAGAGCCAAGCCCUAGGGAAGGGCUUCAUCCCCAGACAGGGCAAGGGAAUUGCCAAGGAGCUGCUGGGACCUCAUUCCUCUCUCUGCUCACAGCUGUAGGUCCACAACCAGUUGUCCUGAAGCAGAGCGGGGCACUCCUCAUUGAUACCCAGCUUUGCAACAGCAGCGAUUGGUAUGGAGGGAGAAUCCAAGACUACAAUUUGUGUGGUGGUUACCCAGAGGGUGGCAUGAGCACCUGCCAGGGUGACAGCGGGGGGCCUCUCAUCUGCCAAGACAGCAAAGAGAACUUCUUCUGGGAAGUUGGUCUGACCAGCUGGGCACUGGGUUGUGCCAGACCCAAAAAUCCUUCAGUCUUUAUCUCCACUCAGUACUUCUACAACUGGAUCAUGGGAAAAAUAGGCCAUAGCUCGGGAGCAGCACCUACUCCAGCACCCUGUCCAUUCCCACGUAAGAAGCUGCUGCAAUUCUUUGAUCUGCUGCAGGAGCUCUUGAAGUUCCUAAAGGCAAAACCGGCUUGAGCAGGGGGAUGGACAUG